AUGGCUCUCAAAAGAAUUAAAAAAGAGUUGGAAGAUCUGAAACGUGACCCUCCUGCUCAAUGUUCAGCUGGGCCUGUCGGCGAUGAUUUAUUCCAUUGGCAAGCAACAAUAAUGGGUCCACCAGAUAGUCCAUAUCAAGGAGGAGUAUUUUUCUUAACAAUUCACUUCCCAACGGACUAUCCUUUCAAGCCUCCAAAAGUAGCUUUCACAACUCGAAUAUAUCACCCUAAUAUCAAUAGUAAUGGAAGCAUUUGCCUGGACAUUUUACGUUCGCAGUGGUCGCCAGCAUUAACGAUAUCAAAAGUUUUGUUGUCUAUCUGUUCGUUAUUAUGCGACCCUAAUCCCGAUGAUCCUUUAGUUCCAGAAAUCGCUAGAAUCUACAAAACAGAUCGUGAAAAAUACAAUGAACUUGCUAGAGAAUGGAGCAGGAAAUAUGCAAUGUGA